AAAUUCAAGCAAGCAACCAUAUUUGGAUUUAAUUUUUAUUUGCGGGUGUGUACUUCUACAAUGGCAGUUUGUUCUUAUUUGAUUGGAAGUGUUGUUGUUUCUUGAAUUAUGCAAACUAAUGAGUACAUAUAUCCUGUAUUAGGUGAAUAAUCUUGUAGAAUCAUAUGAUGGCAACUUCAAUUUCUUGACUUGCCAUUCACAUUGAUUUGUACUUUUGUCCUCCAACACCUCCAAAUGAAUGGCAGAGAUCUGACCUUAUUUGUUGGCCAUUUGUUUGCCACGCUGUCCAUACAGUAAGCAGAUCUUUAUUUUGAGAUAAAUUCUCCAGUAAUCAAAUUUAGUUAGGGUAUGAAACCCACAUGAGACUUCUCCUAGUGAGAAUAAAAAUGCCUUGCUUUCAAGCAUGUAGGACCUUGUACUCCUAAUGGCUUGCUUUCAGGCAUGUAGGUCCUUGCACACUUAUUAUUGUACAUGCAGCCUUAAAAAAUUACUUAUAUAGAAUGGUUCUUAGGAAGCCAAAUGAUCUCCAAGCCUCAGUAUCAAAAGUUUUUCCUUUAUACAAGUUAUUUGCACCUUUUUGUGUUUGUCCUGCCCACACUACCUCACAAAAGUUCCUCUCUCAUUCAAACAUUUCUUGUCAAGUUUGUUUUCUUUAUUUCCCACUGUUGCUUGUCAUCUCAAAUUUCUCAACCUCGAAAAUCUGGUUGGUUUCUUGUAAAUUAACCAUAACGAUGGACAGUGGAAAGAACAUUAACAAUCUUGGUGAAGUCUCAUUUUCUUGUUACCUUGGCACAGCAGAAGAGAAAUAUAUACAGAAGAUUACAGAAUCGGUUCAGUAUCCGCAUCAUUCAAUCACUUCAAGCCCAGACCUUCCCUCUUUGAUAACCUUGGAAAGAAGCAAGUCUGGAGACGGUGAAAUUGGCGUCUUUGAAGCUCAGAAAUACUACAACAUGAGAUUAGAUGAUGGUCCAGUUAUUAUUGAUACUGCAACUACUCAUGAUCAUGGCUACAGGAAAGGAAACCAGGUUGAACUUCUCCGUGUUAAAACAAAGAGCAGGCCAGGGACUCCAAGUGUGACUUCUGAAGCAAGUUGGAAUAGCCAAACUGCUCUAUUGCCAACAUAUCAGAGAAGCCUACCUCAAGCUCAAAGUAAGCCUAAAAGGGUACAUGGAAAGAGUGGUCUUUUCUCUGGUUUUAGCUGCCAUGGAUCUUGUACUGAUAAAAAAUCAGUUUAUGUUAGUCCAAAUGUUGAGCAUGCUGAGACAGUUCAGGGAAGAGAUCACAGAAAAGAAGCUACUCAAAUUGUUCUUAGUCCUAACAUGUUGGAUGGUGGAAAGCUGAAACCGAGAUUGAAGGUGAAAGAUGAGUUUCAUAAGCCAAGUCAUGAAAAGACGAGAAGUAGUAUUACUAGCGUGGAAUCAAACAAAGAAGAGAUUGUUGCGAUCCCAGUUGCAAAUUCUGCAGUGAAAAACCUGGCCAUUAAAAGACAGUUGGCAAAAGAUAGAAUCAUAGAAGAAGAAGAAUCACGAAAAUCGCUAGAGGUGUUCGGUUCUCAUACACUAAAAAAGGGGGUAAUUGAAAUGAACCUUGACAGGAAACUUUCUAUGUUAAGUUGGGAUGCAAUUCCAAAGACACUAAAACUCCCAACUUCUUCAUUGAGGAGCCAAGUGUAUGAAGAUAUAGACAGUGAUGGUAGCUCUGAUCUAUUUGAAAUAGAGAACAUAUCAGGCAGUGGACAGGCAUUGUUCACAGGGGGAACAUGUGAUGGUGUAUCUGGCUGCAUGUCUCCAACUCCUUAUGCACGAAGCGAGACCAGCAUUGAGUGGAGUGUUGUCACUGCAAGUGCUGCUGAUUUCUCAGCUAUCUUGGAUUAUGAUGGAUCAAAACUUACAGAAAAUUUUAAUGCUAGUCCUGACGCAAUUCAAGUUGCCAAAACCAAAUUCAUGGUGGAGAAGGAUUCACAAAGUGGUGGUUCGGGCAAACUACUCAGUUGCAAGAGUCAUAAAGCAGUUAGAGUUGCUGAAAAUGCUUACAGAACUAGUGAGAAGGCCAAGUUUCAUCCACAACAACCUCAAAGAUCAGUUAACCACAUGCCAGUAUGUAAGGUACAAGCCAACAUCGAUGAAAGGUUUUGAUUUCCCAUUAGCAAAAAAGACAGCAUGGCUUUUGCCUAAGUGAAGGUGAAGCAUUACUUUCUGCUUACUUGAAGCAGCAGUGUGUGAUGGAAGGUGAUUUGGUGAUAACUGAUCUGAAAAUUUUCAUUUCGAUUUCAAUUUUCAGAUAAUAAAUGCAAUAAAGCUUAAUAUGAAGUA